AUGGAUGCGAUUAUAAAAGAGUUAAAAGCUGUGCCAGCAAAAGAAGCGAAAAAGAAGAGUGCUCAUGAUCGACCCGUUGAACCGAUCGACGUCUCAAAAUUAACACAGAAUCUGUUUGAAUAUUCAAAAACCGGCAAUUAUGAUAGUUUAAAUGAAUUAUUUUUGCCAGCCAAGGAUAAUUUAAAACUAGAAGCAAUUCAACAAAGCAACUUAUUAAAUGUUCGAGAUGAAUAUACAAGAACAUGUUUGGAUCUAGCCAGUAUUCUUGGUCAUGAUCAGGUUGUUAAAUUUUUGGCAGAAAAGUGCGGAAAUAUAAAUAUUAAUCAGACCAAUGGUUCUGGUACGAAGGCUGUAGAAAUUUUUCAAAUGGGAGGUGGCGGUGUAGAAACCAUAUUUGUAGAGGAUCAUAAAAGUUAUUCGGCUUUACAUAUGGCUUGUGCGUGGGGGCGAUUAGAGUCUGUUAAACAUAUUGUUACAGGUGGUGCCGAUAUUGAAUUUACAACAAUACAUGGUGAAAAACCUAUCGAUGUAGCAAAACGAUAUAAACACACUGAUAUUGUUGAAUACCUAGAAUGGAUUGCGGUCAGAAAUAGUUUUUUAAAAACGAUUAACGAUGCAAAAGAAUUUGCUAGUGACCCAACAAAAAAUCUUAACAAAUUAAACAAAGAUGAUAAAAAAAAAAUUGAAAAAUAUACAGUUGAUUUGUUAAAAUGGUCAGAUGAAAAUAAUAAUAUGAAUCAACAACAAGCAUUUAUAACGAAAACAAAAGAAGCCGAAGAGUUUUUAGCUCCAUUUUAUACAGCUGUUAAUCAAUCAAUUGAAAAUGAGACAAAACCACAGACACCAAAAACAACAAAAAAGUAA